GGGCCUUGCCGCCACCAUGACUGAGGAGUCAGAGGAGACGGUCCUGUACAUUGAACACCGCUAUGUCUGCUCUGAGUGCAACCAGCUCUAUGGAUCCCUGGAGGAGGUGCUCAUGCACCAGAACUCCCACGUGCCGCAGCAGCACUUUGAGCUGGUGGGUGUGGCUGACCCUGGAGUCACGGUGGCCACAGAGGCAGCUUCGGGUACGGGCCUCUAUCAGACUCUAGUGCAGGAGAGCCAGUACCAGUGCCUGGAGUGCGGUCAGCUGCUCAUGUCACCCAGCCAGCUCUUGGAGCACCAGGAGCUGCACCUGAAGAUGAUGGUACCCCAGGAGGCGGUGCCAGCUGAGCCACCACCCAAGGCACCCCCACUGAGCUCCAGCACCAUCCACUACGAGUGUGUGGAUUGCAAGGCUCUCUUUGCCAGCCAGGAGCUCUGGCUGAACCACAGGCAGAUGCACCUCCGGGCAACACCUACCAAGGCUCCUGCCCCAGUGGUCCUGGGGUCUCCAGUUGUCCUGGGGCCCCCCAUGGGCCAGGCCCGCGUUGCUGUGGAGCACUCGUACCGAAAAGCAGAAGAGGGUGGGGAAGGGGCAGCUGUCCCAUCUGCAGCUGCCACCACCACUGAGGUGGUGACUGAGGUGGAGCUACUCCUCUACAAGUGCUCUGAGUGCUCCCAGCUCUUCCAGCUGCCGGCCGACUUUCUGGAGCACCAGGCAACUCACUUUUCGGCUCCUGCCCCAGAGUCUGAGGAGCCUGCCUUACAGCAGGAGACGCUGACCUCAUCACCUGCAGAGGCGCCUGUGUCUCAGCCUGACCCCUUGCCAGCCUCUGACCACAGUUACGAGCUGCGCAACGGUGAAGCCAUUGGGCGCGAUCGCCGGGGGCGCAGGGCCCGGAGGAACAACAGUGGAGAGCCAGGUGGGGCAGCCACACAGGAGCUCUUUUGCUCAGCCUGUGACCAGCUCUUUCUAUCACCCCACCAGCUACAGCAGCACCUGCGGAGUCACCGGGAGGGCGUCUUUAAGUGUCCCCUGUGCAGUCGUGUCUUCCCUAGCCCUUCCAGUCUGGACCAGCACCUUGGAGACCACAGCAGUGAGUCGCACUUCCUGUGUGUUGACUGUGGCCUGGCCUUUGGCACAGAGGCCCUCCUCUUGGCCCACCGGCGAGCCCACACCCCAAAUCCUCUGCAUUCGUGUCCCUGUGGAAAGACUUUUGUCAAUCUCACCAAGUUCCUUUAUCACCGGCGUACCCAUGGAGUAGGGGGUGUCCCUCUGCCCACGACACCAGUCCCACCAGAGGAGCCUGUCAUCAGUUUCCCUGAGCCAGCCCCAGCAGAGACUGGAGAGCCAGAGGCCCCUGAGCCCCCUGUGUCUGAGGAGAGCUCAGCAGGGCCCACUGCCCCAGGCACCUACCGCUGCCUCCUGUGCAGCCGUGAAUUUGGCAAGGCAUUGCAGCUGACCCGACACCAGCGAUUUGUGCACCGGCUGGAGCGGCGCCAUAAGUGCAGCAUUUGUGGCAAGAUGUUUAAGAAGAAGUCUCAUGUGCGUAACCACCUGCGCACACACACUGGGGAACGGCCCUUCCCCUGCCCUGACUGCUCCAAGCCCUUCAACUCACCUGCCAACCUGGCCCGCCACCGGCUCACACACACAGGGGAGCGACCCUACCGGUGUGGGGACUGUGGCAAGGCCUUCACGCAAAGCUCAACGCUAAGGCAGCAUCGCCUGGUGCACGCCCAACACUUCCCCUACCGCUGUCAGGAAUGUGGGGUGCGUUUUCACCGCCCUUACCGCCUGCUCAUGCACCGCUACCACCACACGGGCGAGUACCCCUACAAGUGUCGUGAGUGCCCUCGCUCAUUCUUGCUGCGCCGGCUGCUGGAGGUCCACCAGCUCGUGGUUCAUGCAGGGCGCCAGCCCCACCGCUGCCCAUCCUGUGGGGCUGCCUUCCCCUCCUCACUGCGGCUCUGCGAGCACCGCUGUGCAGCCGCGGCCGCCCAGGCGCCACGGCGCUUCGAGUGUGGCACCUGUGGCAAGAAAGUGGGCUCAGCUGCACGGCUGCAGGCACAUGAGGCAGCUCAUGCAGCUGCUGGGCCUGGAGAGGUCCUGGCUAAGGAGCCCCCGGCCCCACGGGCCCCUCGGGCCACUCGCACACCAGGUGCCUCCCCAACGGCCCUUGGAGGCACUGCCACAGCAGCCCCUGCGGCCCCUGCCCGGCGCCGGGGUCUGGAAUGCAGCGAGUGCAAGAAGCUGUUCAGCACGGAGACAUCACUACAGGUACACCGGCGCAUCCACACAGGUGAGCGGCCAUACCCGUGUCCGGACUGUGGUAAAGCCUUCCGUCAGAGCACCCACCUGAAAGACCACCGGCGCCUGCACACAGGUGAGCGGCCUUUUGCCUGUGAAGUGUGUGGCAAGGCCUUUGCCAUCUCCAUGCGCCUGGCAGAACAUCGCCGCAUCCACACUGGUGAACGGCCCUACUCCUGCCCCGACUGCGGCAAGAGCUACCGCUCCUUCUCCAACCUCUGGAAGCACCGCAAGACCCACCAGCAGCAGCAUCAGGCAGCUGUGCGGCAGCAGCUGGCAGAGGCAGAGGCUGCCGUCGGCUUGGCUGUGAUGGAGACUGCAGUGGAGGCGCUGCCUCUGGUGGAGGCCAUUGAGAUCUACCCUCUGGCUGAAGCCGAGGGGGUCCAGAUCAGUGGCUGACCCUGCCCCGUUUCCCUCUUCAGCACCACCAUGGCCUGUCGCUAAAGGCCUUCCAACAUCCCCUUAAACUCUGCACAGACUAUGCCCCUUCCCCAUCCUGUCCCCACCACCGUGUAAGUUCUGUAAUUGGUUCUAUUCUCCCUUCUGAGGUGGAGGUACUUUGGAGUCCUUGAUAUGCAUAAAGGUACUCCCCCCACCUUCCACCUUUUAGCACUGGCGACCCCAAAGUGAAACUAUCAAUAAAGACUGAGUUG